UGGAAUAAAAUUUAAUUGAAUGUUGUCGAAUGACUAUGUUUAGAUGGCUAACUGCUGUAACGUUCAACAGGAGUAGAAUAAGUAUCCGAAUAUUGCCAAAGAGACAGAUUCACGAAGUAUUCGAUCGAAAACUGAAGCGACUACAACGAGAACGAGCUGCUCGAAAUUUUGACGAAGGCUGUUAUUUUCUUCAUAAGGAAGUGGCCAAUAGACUUUGUGAACGUUUGAACGACAUUCCACGAGCUUUGGAGACAGCACUUGACGUUGGUUGUGGAUACGGGCACGUUCGACAGGCUCUUUCUGAUUUCCCAGGCAUUAAGCGAAUUGUAGAAACUGAUAUUUCAGAGAGCUGUACAAUAGGAAUUGUGUCGGUCGAGGAAUUUUUGCCUUUUCAGCAGCACUCUUUUGAUAUGGCUAUCAGUUGCUUAAGUAUGCACUGGAUUAACGACCUUCCAGGCUUUUUGGCUCAACUCAAUAGAGUUUUGAAGCCCGAUGGCUUAUUCCUUGGCGCUAUGUUUGGUGGAGACAGUUUACAUGAACUUCGAGUAUGCUUGCAAUUGGCUGAAGAGCAAGUCCACGGCGGUUUGAGUCCUCGAGUGUCGCCUUUUGUUCAAACGAGCGAUGUUGGUUCGGUUUUAUCUAGAGGAGGCUUCAAGUUGACUACAAUAGAUACCGAUCGUCUCACAGUUAAGUUUGAAGAUAUGUUUCAACUACUGCGCUUUCUUCAAGCAACCGGAGAAAAUAAUGCGAAUUGCUUGCGAGGUGGUUAUUUUGGGAAGGAGGCAUUCCAACUGGCCUCAGAACUAUAUAGACAACAGUAUUCCGAUGAUGAAGGAUAUAUUUUUGCAUCUAUUCAUGUUGUUUAUAUGAUUGGUUGGUCACCACAUCCUGAUCAACAACAACCCAAGAAGCGAGGUAGCGCACAGUUUUCACUGAAAGAUCUCGGAAAUGCUGUUGAAACCUCCAAACCAGACAUGAGUUCCUAGUUUGGAAAAUCGUUAACCUUUAUUUAUCAGAUGUUUGCCGAAGAAUUUGUAUUUUUCCACAUUUGUUAGACAGAAUGUGUUUAGUUUAUGUUUUCUUGCAUUGGCUUUUAUUUGAAAGGUAACAGAGUUGUCGACUGAAAAGUAGAAUAUGGAGGGACUAUUUUCUCACAUGAGACGCAAAAGGACUUAUUAGAAGUCACCAAAUAAUAGAAGAAUUAAAGGUUAGUUGAGCAAUCCGACACAGCAUUUUGUUGGGAGAUAUUGACUGUGGCAAACUUUUGAUUCUGCUUAUAUGGCAGAACCGAAUUGAAUUUUUCAAAAAAUAUUUGUUGGAUACUUUCACUCAAAAAUAUGACGGUUCGGUAUCCAUUCAUUUGAAAAUUGUAUUUUUGUCAGGUAGUUUGAAGUAUAGCUGCAAGUUUCAGUUACUGAGAGGAACAUGGAGGAUAAUAGAGCUGCCCUCGCAAUAUAGCAAAUUUGAAGACAAGUUAGUCAAAACUGCACACUAUGAGCAUACGAGUGAAGCUGCUCAG